GCCGCCGCCGGGACCCGGGGCGGGAGCGCCCGCCGCCGUCCCCGCGUCUCCCGCCCGCCCGCCCCGGCGCCGGCUGCCUUCCCCUCCCCCGGGGUGCUCAGAGCAUCCCUCCUCCCCUCUUGCAUUUGUCUUAAUUCUUCUCAGAGACAAGAUGGCAACGCCGGCGGCGGUAAACCCUCCCGAAAUGGCAUCAGAUAUUCCUGGAUCAGUGGCCUUGCCAGUAGCACCAAUGACAAGUGGACAAGUGAGAAUGGCGGGAUCCAUGCCUUCCAGAGGAGGAAAGCGCCGCUCUGGGAUGGACUUUGAUGACGAAGACGGGGAGGGACCCAGCAAAUUUUCAAGGUAUGAUGGUGAUCAAAUCUCUGGUGAUAAGGAAAAGUUCGCAAGGGAGAAUCAUAGUGAAAUUGAGAGACGCAGAAGAAACAAGAUGACACAGUACAUCACCGAACUGUCUGAUAUGGUCCCCACUUGUAGUGCAUUGGCUCGUAAGCCUGACAAGUUGACGAUUCUUCGGAUGGCUGUUUCACACAUGAAAUCAAUGAGAGGCACUGGGAACAAAUCUACUGAUGGAGCUUACAAGCCUUCAUUCCUUACAGAACAGGAACUGAAACAUCUUAUCCUGGAGGCUGCAGAUGGGUUCCUGUUUGUAGUUGCAGCUGAGACGGGAAGAGUGAUCUAUGUAUCAGAUUCUGUGACUCCUGUGCUGAACCAGCCACAGUCUGAAUGGUUUGGCAGCACUUUGUACGAACAGGUUCAUCCAGACGACGUGGAAAAGCUGCGAGAGCAACUAUGUACAUCUGAAAACUCUAUGACAGGACGAAUCCUGGAUUUGAAGACUGGAACAGUAAAGAAGGAGGGUCAGCAGUCCUCAAUGAGAAUGUGCAUGGGAUCAAGGCGCUCUUUCAUUUGCAGAAUGAGGUGUGGAAAUGCUCCUCUGGACCAUUUACCUCUGAAUAGAAUAACCACCAUGAGAAAAAGAUACAGGAAUGGCCUUGGCCCAGUAAAAGAAGGUGAAGCACAAUAUGCUGUUGUCCAUUGCACUGGCUAUAUCAAGGCUUGGCCACCAGCAGGAAUGACUAUACCAGAAGAAGAUGCUGAUGUGGGACAAGGUAGUAAAUACUGCCUCGUGGCAAUAGGAAGGCUUCAGGUGACCAGCUCUCCAGUGUGCAUGGACAUGAAUGGCAUGUCGGUCCCCACUGAGUUCUUGUCCAGGCACAAUUCUGAUGGAGUCAUUACCUUCGUCGACCCGAGGUGCAUCAGCGUCAUUGGCUACCAGCCCCAGGAUCUUCUGGGGAAAGAUAUUUUAGAAUUCUGCCAUCCUGAAGAUCAAAGCCAUUUGAGAGAGAGUUUCCAACAGGUUGUGAAACUGAAAGGUCAAGUCCUGUCUGUGAUGUAUCGUUUUCGCACCAAAAACCGGGAAUGGAUGCUUAUCAGAACCAGCAGCUUCACAUUUCAGAAUCCUUACUCUGAUGAGAUUGAAUACAUCAUCUGCACCAACACUAAUGUAAAGCAACUGCAGCAACAGCAAGCAGAGCUUGAAGUGCAUCAAAGAGAUGGGCUGUCAUCCUAUGACUUAUCUCAGGUGCCUGUUCCAAGUAUACCAGCUAACGUUCAUGAGGGUGGAAAGUCUGUGGAAAAGCCUGAUGCUAUCUUCUCCCAAGAGAGAGAUCCUAGAUUUGCUGAGAUGUUUGCUGGAAUAACUGCUUAUAAAAAAAUGAUGGCCUCAGCAUCAACAGCAGGAAAUCAGCAGCUUUACUCACAGGGAAGCCCAUUUCAGCCAGGACAUUCGGGAAAGACUUUCAGCUCAUCUGUGGUACAUGUGCCUGGUGUGAACGACAUCCAGUCUUCUUCUUCAACAGGCCAGAAUCUGACACAGAUAUCUCGUCAACUAAAUCAGAGUCAGGUUGCCUGGACAGGAAAUCGCCCACCAUUUCCAGGACAGCAAAUUCCAUCGCAGUCUGGCAAGGCUCAGUCAUCUCCCUUUGGGAUUGGAACAAGUCACAACUACCCACCUGAUCCGUCAUCAUACAGCCCCCUUUCCAGCCCAGCCACCUCUUCUCCAAGUGGCAAUGCAUACUCAAGCUUAGCAAACCGAAGUGCAGGGUUUGCUGAAGGUGGCCAGAGCAGUGGCCAGUUCCAGGGGAGACCUUCCGAAGUUUGGUCCCAGUGGCAGAGCCAACAUCACAACCAGCAAAGCAGCGACCAGCAUUCACACCCCCAGCCCAGCCAGACCGAGGUGUUCCAGGACAUGCUGCCAAUGCCAGGGGAUCCAACGCAGGGUACUGGCAAUUACAACAUUGAAGAUUUUGCUGACCUGGGCAUGUUUCCACCAUUUUCGGAGUAGCUUGCAAAGCAGGAAUGGAAGUUCUUAUCCAAGGCCAUUUCAAGUGUAAUUUUGGCUCUGCUUUUUCUGUGUUGCAUUUCUAUAGAAGCUACUAAACCAGAAGACGCAUUUCUCAUGUUUUGGAUAGUGGUGUAGGGCUUGCUCUCUCCUCCUUAGGGUGCGUCAGUGCCAGCAGAGGAGCUCCAGCACUUGUUGGUGUUCAUUGACAGCUCCUUUAUUAUUAUUUUAUUGUCAUCUACCUCAGAGAUGAAAAACUUUGCUUGAUUUAAGAAAAAAAAUAUCUCUGAGUCUUAAAUAUUUGAAUGUGAAUGAUACCUAAUAUUUCCUUUGAAUGGUAAUUUUUAAAUAGAUAAUGAAGUAACAAAGACUAACAAAGAAAAGGUAAGGUAAUUUUGUGUUACAGUGCCUACCGCUCAAUUCCAAUGCCUUGCUUUAAGCUUAAGUUUGUGGAAGCAGACACAAUAUUCUGUUUUCUUUUAUUCUUGUAGUUUUUAGGUCACUUUGAAUGUGAGAUUAAGCAACAUAAUGUAGGCCUGUCUCGCUGAAGUUUCAGCUCUGCCUUUUCUAACUUAAACUUGAAUGUGUGUACAUUUUGGUACUUUAUGUAUAUCUUGUGCUGUAUGAAGUGAUUUCCUGUACUGGUUUCUUUUGCUUUUACAAAGGGUCCAUUCUGGAAUGCACUGAAAAGUUUGCAUUGAGGAUUUAGGUAUCAUGGGAGUCUCCAUCACUUAACAUAGGUGUUCUUACUUUUAAUUCAGGUGGUUCUCUAUUCAGAACAAACAUUAACUUACAUAAGCUAUUAGUCUGGUUUUGCACUGACUUAAGGCCUAUAACUCUCUGCAUUUCUCACUGGCUGCUUUAAUUUCUAUUGUUCUUGCAUUCCCAAAAAUACCACCUCAUAAAAAAUGAUUGUAAAGACGUUGAGAUUGCAUUUUCUAUAUUUGGUGCAUUUCCUUUCUGUGAAGUACUUUUUUAUACUGUGAAACCUCACAUUUUAACAGUGCAAGGUGGUGGCCUAUUACUAGGAAAUCAUUUGCUGCCAGCAGUGAGAUGGUUUUGUAGUGUAUGAUUUUUUUAGAGUGAGUUGGUAAUAGAUAUCAGUUGGACUAUUGUCCACUGCGUACACAGUGAUAACUUGAAUUUUUGCUUGGAUUCCCAAGCAAUCCCUUCUGUUUAACCCUGUUAAUCCUAUUCUGUUAAAUACGGGAUUUUCAGUUUA